GUGGACACUCCCCGGUAAUUUGAGUUACAAUCGCUGUUUUCUCUGGUAGCCUGCACGAAGAGACAGUGAAACAUGGCCGAUAUACGCACCAAUGUCUAGGCUUCGUAACGGUACCUGUACGACUAGAAUCGCAUAAUACAAUGUCAGCGCACUAGCAAAAUAUACGGGAUAACGUCUGUAAACAGCUUGGACACGGGGUGUAUCCUAAUUGUGGACAUUUUUUUCUCCGUUACAGAAAGCGACUGAGCCUGAGUAACAGCUGGACUAGAUACCUGAAUGGUUGCCUCACAAGCUGAGACAAAGUGUUCUGUUUACGAUACAAUGCAGGAGACGAUCAAUCAUGUUUAGAUAAACGUCUGAACUGUAAACUGUGCUUCUAGCAUCUUUUUGUGUUGCUGGUGGAGCUGAUUAUUGAUAUCAGACAAGGUAGUUUUGACCUUCCAUCUAUCCUAGCGGAUUUGGGAACAAAACGAACGGCGGUAGGCUAGACAUCUCGAAAGCCAAAGAAAUUGAAUGAUGCAAGGAAAACUGACGUCCAGAGUGAGGAAAACAUUUGCAAGUUUAGGGCGUCCGCGAGUUGAGAGAAGAUCUCAAGUGAGAUGAUACAAAACCAACAGACUCGAUCUCCUUCGAAACUGUUCUUGAUGUCAAGCUACACCGAGGUCGAAAUCUGAAGAAAACUCGAUUUGAGAAAAGUAUACAUUUACGGAUUUGACAGGAUUAAUUGUUUGGUAGGUAAAAAUUCUAUUUUCAGUCAAUUAGUGUUAUUAUUAUAGGUAAGAGUCUCUUUCUGGACAAGACAAUGGAUCCGUACAUCCGCUUUGAAGUGACCAACCCCAAGGGAACAGCUGACGCUGUACAAAAGUCCCCGUCUAUAGAGAAUGACGAAAACCCCGUUUGGAACCCGGAAUACGAAGCGACGUUUGUUCUUCAGAACCCUCUGGAACGAGGGCAGUUAGUAAUGACUAUGUGGGACGCGAGUUACUUGUUUGACAGCCAAAUGUCUAAUUCUGUUUCUUUGGAUCUAAAUGAUUUUAAUAUCGGUGAUGAAUAUCAGCAAAAGACGGUAAAGAUACACAAAAAUGGUGAAAUUGAUAUUUCAUUGCGUUUGCGCAGUGAAAGAGAAUUCGAAGAAGAUGCAAUUGAUUAUAAAGAGCCUACAAUGAUUCAAGGAGCUCUAGACAAGGAGCUCUAUUCUGACCCUGACGUUGUACGUCUAGACGUCAUCAUCCAUUCGGCAAGUGACUUGAAGAGAACACUUUACCGGAAACUGGUAGAUACGUUUGGACAUAGUAAAACGGAUCCAUACGUUCAACUCCAUAUUACAAAACCUUGGGAAAAGGCAAAAGAUGCUGCUAAACAGAACACCGCUUACAGGCCGAACACAGACACACCCGAGUGGGAAGAAGAGUUCUCUUUUCUUAUCGACAAACGAGGAGGAGUAGGCCAGCUGAAGAUGACACUGUGGGAUUCUAAUCUUGUCAUUGAUCAUCAAUUGUCGAGUCCUCUAGUCAUCGAGCUAAAAGACAUCAAGAUGGGAUUGGAGUUUGAAGAAAGAGAAGAUAGUGUUCACGGUGAAGCAAAGUUGAAGUAUUCCUUGCGAAUUAGAAGACCAACCGCUGAUUUGCGAUUUGGCCAAGAGUUACACGAGGAAGAGACUCUGAUUGUGGCCAAGAGAAAGACAAAGGCUAAAGAAGCGAUCACAUCUCUUUUCUCUGACAUCAAAGUAUCAAAGGUUCCCACUAUCAGUCUAAUUGGUUCCGGUGGUGGAUUUCGAGCGAUGAUCGGCGUGUCUGGUGCUAUAACGGCAUUGAAAGAAGCUGAAUUGUUAGACUGCUGCACCUACAUGUCAACUCUGUCUGGAUCUACUUGGUAUUUGUCAGUGCUGUACGCCCUGAGAAAUGGUAUGAAUAUUUACAAGUGCAACGAAUAUCUGAAAGAGAGAUGCGUAGAAAUGUCAUCUAUCAUACACCCAUCUACAGUCAAGCAGCAUUUUUAUGAAAUUGAAAGAAAGCAUCGUGAUGGGCUUCACGUGUCGGCAGUCGACGUCUGGGGAUCUCUUCUUGGACAAGUUCUUCAGCCAGAUUUAGAAAAGAAGGAAAGAACUCGACUCUCUGACGCUCAGCAGCGUGUACGCAGCUGUCAGAUGCCGUUCCCUAUAUACACUGCGGUGAUGGUUCAGCGACACACAGCUGAAGAAGCAUAUGCUGAGUGGGUCGAAUUUACUCCAUUUGAGUAUGGUAUACACAACCUAAAGCUCUUCACUGCUAUCGAAAACAGCGCAAGUGACCGAAGCUACGGCAUAGUGAGCAGGCGAUACCAACAAUUCAAUGUUGCAUACAUGCAAGGUCUUUGGGGCAGCGCAUUUGCUGGCCAAAUUCGAACUUGGAUUUCUCAAGCUUUCGAAAAAUCAUCAGGAGUACGAGCAGUCAUUGGCAAAGCAAUCAAGAAAGUUCUGGACUGGACCGGAGUAGACAGCUUGCGUCCAUUGGCAGCCACCGUACCCAACUACAUGAAGGGUAUCCAGACCGUUCCUCAAACUUCACAGCGACGUCACCAGUUGCACACAAACGACUUUCUAAACGAUCACUGUUUUUCAUUUGAUAGUUCACAAACUGAUGGCAGUCUAGCCAAAAAAGCAAAACUUGUGGACGACCACACUAUAGACCACAGAGCUGGACGUGUUGACGAAAGCGAAAGAGCCGCCGAAAAAUCAUCCCGACGCAAUAUUGUGCAUGAAGACUAUCUGACUAUGGUGGAUGCCGGUUUGGAUUUCAAUUUGCCAUUCCCACCUCUUCUUCGACCCGAGCGUCACACAGACAUCUUCCUUGCUUUUGAUUAUUCGUGGUAUGGCUCAGUCAAAGAAAACCCACUAAAGAACGUGUUGAAAGCAAUGGAAUGGGCAAAACAUAACGGCUACAGCUUUCCAGAAAUCCGUGAGGAUAUGUUUGAUCCCGACGACCCAAAGAAGUAUUACGUCUUCGAGAAUCGUGACGAUCCCUAUUGUCCUAUAGUCAUCCUCUUCUGUCUUUGCAACUCUGAGGGACAAGUGGAUCCUUACUCUUCGGUUUACGACACGUUUAAUUUCGACUACAAAGAAAAGGAUUUCGAUCGACUUCACGAGUUGUGCCAUAACAACACGAUGCUUGCCGUCGAUGUUAUCAAGGGCGCCAUUCGCAAAAAGAUGGAAGUAUAAAAUUGCGAACAGCAUUUACUGAUAAACAUAAACGACUGCUUUCUGUUGCAUUUUGCGAGUUCGAGUGUUUAUCUUAAUUGUCGCGUCUUUUGCAUGCUAGUGCUGAUUCUGAAUUUUGCCGUACCUUUUUCAGUUUGGCUGCUUGCAUAAUUACGUAACUAGGUUAUUCUUCUAGUGAAGUGUAUACGCGGCAAGUCUAGAGUGGACACUAGAUGGGUUGUUAUUAUCUAGCUAGAGUCGAUUAUUUACAGGUACUGUA